AUGGGUGACGAGAUCCCGACCAAGCCUGAGACGGGCUAUGAAGGCACCACGGCUGAAGUUGAAGCUGCAGCAGGAGCAGGCGCAGGAGCAGGAGCUGACCAGAAGAAGGGCGAGCUAGCUCAACUGGUCAAGCUGGCGACAGCAAACGAAGCAGCUAAAGACUAUGGCAAAGCCGUAGACCUCUAUUCCCAAGCAGCUGGGCUUCAGGCUGAGAUAAACGGCGACAUGGCACCUGAGAACGCCGAUAUCCUGUACUCCUACGGGAAGUGUCUGUACCAUGUUGGUGUGAGCAAGAGUGACGUGUUGGGUGCGAAGAUGCCCCAGACUGCCACCGAGCCUGCUGGAGGAUCGAGCAGUAAGCCUGGAAAGAAGUCGGGGUCUGGGGAGGGGGCGGAGGAGCUAUCGUCAAGCAUUAUCAAGGAUGCAAUUGCCAAACAGGCCGAGACUGGUGAGUCUGCAGGACCAUCAAGCAGUCGAGGCAAGGCUGGAGCAACACCGCUUUUCCAGUUUAUCGGGGAUGAGAACCUGGAAGCAUCUGAUGACGACGAUGAAGAUGAGGAUGGAGAGGGUGAAGGUGAAGGUGACGAGGAAGGGAAGGGAGACGGGGAAGAAGAGGAAGACGACGACUUUGCGAAUGCGUUUGAGAUACUUGACCUGAGCCGUGUGCUGUAUGAACGACAGCGGAGUGAGCUAGAGCAGGACAAGGAGAAGAAUGAGGAGAAGCUACGGCGGGUCAAGGAACGGCUGGCAGACACAUAUGACUUGCAGGCAGAGAUAUCACUAGAAGGAGAGAGGUUCCCGGACGCAGCUACAGAUCUCCAGUCAUCAUUACGGAUCAAGGAAGAGCUAUAUUCAGCGGAAGACCCUAUAAUUGCAGAGUGCUACUAUAAACUGUCACUUGCGAUGGAGUUCUCAUCGGUGAUGAAGAAAGAUGGAGAAGGAGAAGAGGGAGAAGAGGAAAAAGGGAAAGCGAGCGAGAGCAGCAGCGAAGAGCCGCAGUAUGACGCAGCAGCGCGAGAGCAGGCAGCUGUAUACAUGGAGAAGGCAAUCAAGAGCUGCAAGGGCAGGAUUGCAAAGGAGGAAGCCCGGAUUGAGAGCAUUGGCAGCAAUGACGGGGAGGCCGUGGCCAAGAUCAAGCGGAAUAUCGAGGACGUCAGGGACAUCGUGCUGGACAUGGAGCAGCGGCUUGUCGAUCUCCGCCGCCCACCGGUGGCCAUCCCCAAUGCGGAACGGACCAAGGAAGAACAGGCCGCCGCUCAGGCCAUCAAGCUGGAGGAACUUACGAAGGUGGCUAACGACCUGACGGGCCUGGUGAAGAAGAAGAAGCCAGCAGCACCGGCACCAGCACCGGCGGUGUCGUCCACGGCUGAGCGGCAACCCGAGGGCAAAGGGAAGAGACCACUGGAGUCCGCCGAAGAGGAGAUGAACCCCAAGAAAGUAAAAGGCGAGGAGAGCAGCUAA